GCUCUCUCAGCGAGAGAGAGAUCGAUCAGCACAGUGUCGGGAUUACUGGGGAAAACUCGAGCCCAGGUUACAGAAUAGAGUCUAAUGUUGAUGUGGAGUAAAGUUAAGUAGAAUUAGUGAUCAGUGUCAUUAGACAUGGAGUUGAAUAGACGCUUGAGACUCACCUGAUGAUUAGUGGGCAUUUGUAAUCUAAAAAUGAUUUCGUUUCCUGUUUGGAAAGGAAGGAGUGCAGCUGAAAGAGUGUUUCAUACGGAGUGUAGUAGCUGAGAGAGUGAUAGAAGAGGUAGGAAAGGAAGAGGAGAGAAGAGAAGGAGAUUUAAUUUUGCUUGCUGUCUCCAUGGAAUUGUUUUCCUUGAUGUCAUCUAACACAUAAAUAAGUGUACUUUGGUUGGUCAGAGAAACAGGCAGGGCCUCAGUCCUCGGUGUAGAGUUGAACCCUGAUCCGGGAAUCAAACUCCUGUGUGUUUGUGUUUGAGGAGAACCCUGGCCAUGGGCGACAACAGAGAUUCUCGCAGUCCGGACAGCUCAUCUGUGUCGUCACCACCGUCAGGGAAACAAUCACCUACACUGGUUCCCUCAGCAGCUGCCAUGACCUCACUGCCACCAGUUACUUCGGCAGUCAGCAGUCCGAUUAGCAGCAUGGGAUCACCCUUUUCUGUUAUCAGCUCUUCUCUAGGUUCCCCAUGCCUUCCUGGGACACCAUCAGUGGGCUACGGCCCCAUUAGCAGUCCCCAGAUCAACUCCACUGUGUCCAUGUCCGGUCUGCAUGCCGUUAGCAGUUCAGACGAUGUAAAGCCGCCGUUUGGCCUGAAGCCACUUUUAGGCCACACCCCUGGACCCACACUGUCCCAGAAACGACUCUGUGCGAUUUGUGGCGAUCGCUCCUCUGGUAAGCACUAUGGUGUAUACAGUUGUGAGGGAUGUAAAGGCUUUUUUAAGCGCACUGUUAGAAAAGACCUGAGUUACACAUGCAGAGAUAACAAGGACUGUAUGGUGGACAAGCGCCAGAGGAACCGCUGCCAGUACUGCCGCUACCAGAAAUGCCUCGCUAUGGGCAUGAAAAGAGAAGCUGUUCAGGAGGAGCGUCAGCGGAACAAGGAACGAGACGGAGAAGUGGAGUCCACGAGUGCAGUGAAUGAAGAAAUGCCAGUGGAGAAGAUUCUGGAAGCGGAGAUGGCUGUGGAGCAGAAGAUAGAGCUGCAUUCUGAUGGAAGUUCAGGCACCAGCUCUGAAAAUGAUCCUGUCACGAACAUCUGCCAGGCAGCUGAUAAACAGCUCUUCACUCUGGUGGAGUGGGCCAAGAGAAUCCCACACUUUUCAGAACUGGCUCUCGAUGAUCAGGUCAUCCUUCUACGUGCUGGUUGGAAUGAGCUGCUGAUUGCCUCAUUCUCUCAUCGCUCCAUCACCGUCAAGGAUGGCAUUUUGCUGGCCACUGGACUCCACGUCCACAGAAACAGUGCACAUAGUGCAGGAGUGGGAGCCAUCUUUGAUAGGGAGAGUGCGCACAAUGCAGAGGUUGGGGCCAUAUUUGACAGGGUGCUGACUGAACUAGUGAGUAAGAUGAGGGAUAUGCAGAUGGAUAAGACUGAGCUGGGGUGUCUAAGAGCCAUCAUCCUUUUCAACCCAGACGCAAAAGGACUUUCAAACCCAAGUGAAGUGGAGUUACUGAGAGAGAAAGUGUAUGCUGCCCUAGAAGCUUAUUGUAAACAGAGAUAUCCUGAGCAGCAGGGCAGGUUUGCCAAGCUCCUCCUCCGACUGCCAGCAUUGCGCUCCAUUGGUUUAAAAUGUCUGGAACACCUGUUCUUCUUCAAGCUGAUUGGUGAUACCCCAAUUGACACCUUCCUCAUGGAGAUGCUGGAGGCUCCCCAUCAACUGACCUAAUCUGGACCACUUUUUUACCUAGUUGUAUCUGGUUUGCACCAGGGUGUACCGGUAGCCUGGACAUUGGGGCUUCACUGUGUCUGUUCAGUUCUCCUGCUUAUACCUUCCUGUAUUCUCUCCUUUUUUUUUCCUGCCACGUCAUCUCUUAUGCUAGCAUUGCACCAAAAAGACACUUAAUCUCUCAGAAAACAAAGAGUGGGAAUUUUACAUUGUUGAGAGAUAUUCGUAUUUUGAAAAUAAGGCUUUUCAAGGUUGUUUUCAGUUUUACACUUCCAUUUUUAGAGCCUUUGUAUUGACAACAGUGCUCAGCAUUGUUUGUUUUUAUCUGCGACAAAAAAUGUAUGCAGCUGGUACGUUUCUUUUCUCACUACAGCUCAAAAAGCUAACAAACCCAAUACUCGGCUCUCAUGACCAGGACAUGAAAUUUUUUCCCUCGUUGUAACCCUAAAAUCUGCCUGGUGAAGAAGCCAGUUCACUUGAAUGGAAAAGGAAGUGGUAUGCAGGGGGAAAGGAAUUUGCUUCCUGUAUCAAAUUUUUUAAUUUCUCCUUAUCUAUCUUUUCUGAGUUUGCUUUUUGUGCUGAGUUCAUGUCGAUGAACUUUAACCCCAUGAAUCUGCAAAUCAUGGAAUAGAAUCAUAGGCCAAUAGAAAAGUAGAGCAUGGUGCUAGAGUCCUGUCCUUCUAGAAGACUCGACAUGGAGGACCUGCUUAUUAUUACAGUUUCCCACUGCAGCUGAAGAGCUGUAACAAACCAUCCAUCUAUCUACACACACACACAGUGCCUUGCAAAAGUAUUCACCCCCUUGGCUUUUUACCUGUUUUGUUACAUUACAACCUGUAAUUUAGAUUUUUUUUUUUAAUCUGAAUUUUAUGUAAUGGAUCUGCACAAAAUAAUCUAAGUUGGUGAAGUGAAAUGACAAAAAGAAAUAUAUAUAUAUAUAUAUAUAAUAUAAAAUAACUGAAAAUUGAUAUGUGCAUAUGUAUUCACUCCCUUUGCUGUGAAGCCCCUAAAAAGUUCUAGUGCAACCAAUUACCUUCAGAAGUCACAUAAUUAGUGAAAUAAAGUCCACCUGUGUGCAGUCUAAGUGUCACAUGAUCUGUCAGUGUAUAUAUACACACCUUUUCUCAAAGGCACCAGAGGCUGCAACACCACUAAGCAAGAGGUACCACUAACCAAACAACACUUUGAAGACUAAGGAGCUCUCCAAACAAGUCAGGUUCAAAGUUGUUGAAAAGUACAAGUCAGGGUUGGGUUAUAAAAAAAUAUCCAAAUCUUUGAUGAGCCCGCCCCCCCUCCCGGAGCACCAUCAAAUCCAUCCAUUAUCCGUAACCACUUAUCCUGUUCUACAGGGUUGCAGGGAAGCUGGAGCCUAUCCCAGCUGACUAUGGGCAAGAGGCGGGGUACACCCUGGACAAGUCGCCAGGUUAUCACAGGGCUGACACAGAGACGAACAACUAUUCACACUCAUUCACACCAAUUUAGAGCCACCAAUUAACCUAACCUGCAUGUCUUUGGACUGUUGGGGAAAUCAGAGCACCCGGAGGAAACCCACACAGACACGAGGAGAACAUGCAAACUCCACACAGAAAGGCUGGCCUCUGGACUCAAACCCAGGACCUUCUUGCUGUGAGGUGACAGUGCUAACCACUGCACCACCGUGCUGACACACCAUUAAAUCCAUCAUCAUCAAAUGGAAAGAACAUGGUACCACAACAAACCUGCCAAGAGAAGCCCGCCCACCACAACUCACGGACUAGGCAAGGAGGGCAGAGGCAGCACAGAGACCAAAGGUAACCCUGAAGGAGCUGCAGAGUUCCACAGCAGAGACUGGAGUAUUUGUCCAUAGGACCACAAUAAGCGGUACACUCCACAGAGCUGGGCUUUAUGGAAGAGUGGCCAGAAAAAAGCCAUUGCUUAAGAAAACAAGUUUGGAGUUUGCUCAACAGCAUGUGGCAGACUCCCCAAACACAUGGAAGAAGAUUCUCUGGUCAAAUGAAACUAAAAUUGAUCUUUUUGGCCAUCAUGGGAAAUGCCAUGUGUGGCAUAAACUCAACACCCUGAGAACACCAUUCCUCCCGUGAAGCAUGGUGGUGGCAACAUCAUGAUGUGGGGAUAUUUUUCAUCUGUAGGGACAGGAAAGCUGGUCAGGACUGGAGGAAAGAUGGAUGGCACUAAAUACAGGGCAAUUCUGGAGGAAAACCUGUUUGUCAGCCAGAGGUUUGAGACUGGGACGAAGGUUCAGGUUCCAGCAGGACAAUGACCCUAAACAUACUGCUAAAGCUACACUGGAGUGGUUUAAAGGGAAACAUUUAAAUGUGUUGGAAUGGCCUAGUCAAAGCCCAGACCUCAAUCCAAUUGAGAAUCUGAGGUCAGACUUGAAGAUUGCUGUUCACCAGCGGAACCCAUCCAACUUGAAGUAGCUGGAGCAGUUUUGCCUUGAGGAAUGGGCAAAAAUCCCAGUGGCUAGAUGUGGCAAGCUCAUGGACGCUUAUCCAAAGCGACUUACAGCUAUAAUUGCUGCAAUAGGUGGCUCUACAAAGUACUGGCAUUGGGGUGUGUGAAUAGUUAUGCACGUUGAAUUUUCUGUUAUUUUGUCCUAUUUGUUGUUCACUUCAAAAAAAAAAAAUUCACAUCUUCAUAGUUGUAGGCAUGUUCUGCAAAUGAAAUGAUGCAAACCCUCAAACAAUCCGUUUUAAUUCCAGGUUGUGAGGCAACAAAACCCAAAAAAUGCCAAGGUGGUGAAUACUUUUGCAAGGUGUGUGUGUGUGUGUAUUGCAUUGCAAGGGGUGUGUGUGUGUGUGUGUGUAUAUAUAUAUAUAUAUAUAUAUAUAUAUA